UGAAAAACAAAAAGUUGGCGGUGGACGCCCUGCACGCCCCAUGACCUUCACGCUUCGCCUCGAGGCGCUGACGGCCAUCAGGGACGCCCUGACUAGGCGUGGUGGUACGCUGACCCUUGUAACUCAAGUGAAGAGCGCGAAAAAGUAUCGUCUCCAGCUGACAGCAGACCUGUCGGAUGGGUCCAGCAGCAUGUGGCGCAGCGACUACAUCAAGUACCCAAAGGGACAAACCAAGGCACGUGACUGGUCGGCCGAGGCAAAGUGGGCUGCUGCCUGGCGGCCAUCUUCUUCUAGCGGCAGCGCCGUUCUCUCCACAGAAGAUGCGAGGCGUGGCAGCAACGACACACCCCCGCCGCCGCGGGGAAAAAGGCCGCGAGACUGUCAGCCUGCGGCUGAGAUCCUCACACCACCUCCAAAGCGCCCAGGAUACGAAGGGGCUGGCCGACCGAAGGGAACCUUCGGCCGGAAGAGGUUGCGCGCAAUGUUGGAUAGAUACAGAGAGCGAAUCGAGCUUGGCCAGGUGACCUGCGGCCGCUUGGAAGUGCGGGACCUCUCCAGCGCGAUGUUGGAUGCGGCGCAAGAGGUGGAGAAACAUGAGCAGGACUGGCGACCGGCGUUUCUCAAGCGCCAGAGCAACAGGGGUGUGUGUGUAGGCGACGUCGGAUUCGUCGAGGGCACUCAAGACGACAUCGACAAGGCCCAAGAUCUGCGGCGCGAGCGCUGCCGCAUUUCGGAGGAAAAGCACGCAGCAGGUGAUCACACCAGGCCGGAAAAGUACCGCGACAUCAACAUGCUCUACUUCGAGGGCGAGGGCGACGACCGCAAGUUCUCGACGUACUACAAGUUCGAGUACGGCAAGAACAAGGAGGGCUACUGGACGGGGGAGAAGAUGAUCGAGCACAUGGCGGAUGUGUUGGAUCUGUUGGCCGUCAAGUUCCCGAGGCACAGGCCCAUCUGUUUUUUCGACUGGUCAUCGUGUCAUGAUUGCGUUGAGGAGGGGGCACCGAGUGUAACUAGGAUGAACGCAGGGUACGGGGGGGUGAGAAAGGGUCAGGAGAUAGCUCCUCAGAAUGCAACUACCAUACUGGAAGACACACCUAAACUGAAGGUAGGGGCGGUGCAGCACCUCACCUUCCAGCAGGGAGAGUAUCCAUUCUAUGAGCCAGGCGCCACCGAUCACGUAGGCAAGGUCAAGGGGAUGAAGCAAAUCCUGUUUGAGAGGGGGCUUUGGAUCCCAGGUAUGACCAUGUCGGGGGGCAAGACGGGCCAGGAGCCUAACAAGAAGAUGAGCAUGCCGGCGGUGUUGCGCGCGCAAAAGGAUUUUGCGAACGUCGACUCUAGCCUAGAGGUUCUGCUGAAGCGCCACGGAGGGGUUGCGCUCAUGCUUCCAAAGUUCCAUUGCGAGUUGAACCCGAUCGAGCUUGUGUGGGGUAGAUCUAAGUGGUGGGUACGUAGGAACUGCAAGUACACUAUCGCGUGCUUGCGAGAGAACGUUUCUAAGAGCUACGGGGUACACAACUUGAGCCUAGACAUUGUUCAAAAGUUCUGCAGGAAGGUGGCCAACUUCCACGCGGUGUACGACGCCGGGCUUACGGGCGCCGAGGCGGUAGAGGCGCAAGAGAAAUGCAAGUCGCACCGUAAGCCAGCUCCAUCCGAGUACAUUAACCCCAAGUAGUGUAUGCUAUGAUCGCGGCGGUACGUAUG